AUGGAUGAGAAAAGAUUGCAAGUUUUAUUAUACAUCAAAUGGCAAUAGAGGGCCCACCUAGAACUCCCUAGAAUAACUGGAGAAAGCCAGAACAAUGACGUAUUCGCUGUAUCUUCCGUACACGUGUACAUCUGAGAAUCUGUUGUAACUUCUCGAGUGUUCAAAUGUUACGAACAAGCACCAAAGUUCUGCAAAUCUGCACUUUCUCGUUAUCCAAACACGUCUAAUCUGAUUCGAGAAUAUCAUCCCAUAAAUGACGGCAGGCAGCGGCGGCGGGGGAAUCAAGAAGAGGCAGCGUAUCGGCUGCAACAGUCGCCUCUCCUCCACCGGUGCCGUCAUCGAUUCAUGCUGCCUUGAAGGGACCGUAACGGAGGCCUCCCAUAAGCCGUCGGGCCCCCGCCGCACCUCCUCCUCUGCUACCAUUUCCGGCGGCUUCAAUGACUCUGCUUCCGCUGACGUCGUCCUCCGACUCUUUCUCGAACCCUGCCCCUCCGAUUCGGACUCCGAGUCCAUUUCCACCCUCGAUUCCUUCGUUCAAGACGACCUCCAGAUCUACCUCCACUCUGACGUAAUACGCCGCUCCAAGUACUUCUCCGCCUUACUAUCCGACCGAUGGCAGGGAGACUCCGGCGACGGGGACGAUUCGCCCAAAAUUUAUCGGCUCAAUUUCGGGGUUCCGGCGAGUACUGGAACGAUCGACACGCAUCUGACGGUUCUACAGCUUCUUUACACCAGCGAUUUCUCCGGCGUGAUCGAGAGCGCUUCAACGGCUCUGUUGAUUCUCCCGGUGGCGCUGGAGCUGUUAUUUGAGGAUUGUGUGAGGUCUUGCGUUCGAUUUCUGGAGGCUGUGCCGUGGACGGAGGAGGAAGAGAAGAGAGUUUUGAGUUUGAUACCCCUUUUGAGAGAAGAAGAGUCUCGAGAGCUUCUGGAUAGGGUUUCGCCUGCGAAGACGGAUUCGUUGGAGGAAAUGCUGUACGGAUUGAUUGUGGCGGCAAUACAUAACCAUUCUAACAUGGCUUUCGUGAAGGCUUUUGUGGCGAAGCUACUGAGGGAGUUCUCGUCGGGAGAUUCGGCUAGGAGAGUUUUGGAUCGUGCAUUCGAAGCGAGUUUGAAGACUGUGAAGAGGUCGUUGGAAGAGUAUUCGAGUCCGGACUUUAGAGGAGAUCACAAUGAGACGGAGGCGAUUCAGAGGUUGAAUCUGCACACGGCAAUGACGAAUGGAAGGCAUUUGUUGUGGUUGAUUGAGAGGAUGAUUGAGUUGAAAGUGGCGGACAAGGCUGUGCGCGAGUGGAGUGAGCAGUCGACAUUCACGGCUGAUUUGCAGAGGGCUUUUCGGGAUGACGCCUGGAGGAAUAUUGUUCCAGGGCUUCCAGUUGUUGUGCUCAGAUGCACCUGCAAGCUUGCCAAUGCAGUUGCUUCUGGAUCCAUCUUGGCUGCUAGACCGAUUGUAGAUUGGAUGCUCCAUAUCCUUCCCUACCAUAUCUUGCAUAUCAAUGAAGGUGCAUUUUUUUUUGUCUGUAUGCGAUCUAGCUUGUGUCUUAGGUUUGGGAUCUAUAUUGUAUAUCCUUCAAUCUCUUGAAUAACUAUUGGGGUGGGCGCUAGCCGUUCUUUUCAACCCUGUGCCCCCAAUGCAUAUAAACCCUACCAGUUCUACCAUCUAAUUUUUGUUGUGAAUUUAUUUAACUAGUAUUUGAUACAAAGGAAUAUUUUGCUCGAUAUAUAAGUUUGAGAAGAUGCUUUAUAGUCCUUUGGGACCUUUCCUUUAAAUUGUGAAUUUCUAGUGAUUGCUGUAAUGUGGGCGCUAGACCAUUUAUUUUUCUCUGUCCUCCUGCAAAGCAUGCUGGUGUUUAUAUUGCUGAAUACCAUUUACUUAGUGAUAAUUUUUUUAUAUUCUGUGUGAGGAAAGUUGAGUUGCUUGACCACUUCGGGAAUUACAAAGAUGUAUAGUCGCCAAUGGUUUGAUCUUACAUUAUGUAAUCAUGUCAAACCGAUGUAUGCAGUUUGGUAUCAUGGGCAUCCAAUAGGUGUUCCCUAGUACCUAUAGGGUGCAGGGCAGGAAUCCAUAAGUUUAUCUAUCAUUUCAUCUUUGUCAUAAUUGGUUAUUAAGAUCUCUAUUAUUUAGUCUUUGUUAUUAUUGGUUUGGUUUGAGAUCCAAAUUUCAACAUCCCUCAUUUCUGUUGUACAUCCUUGUUAAAUCAUGAUGAAACGAUGUUACACAGUGUUACUUUAGCAUGUUUGGGAUUUGAUUCCUUCUCUUAUGAGCUGCUCCCAUAAGUUGUAGUUAUCACCUAUGUAAUUCCUAGCUGGCAUUGAAAAAAUC